UUGAAAGUCCAUGUGAGCUUACAAGCAACCACCUGGAGGUGUCACAAUGGACGACAGGUUAUCGCGUUCGGCAAGAGAUGCGAUGCCCGAACAGACUGUUCUGAUGGCAGUGAUGAAACCUUUCGCGAAUGCCACAAUGUAAACUGCACAGAGCACCAGUGCUCGUAUGGCGGCUGCUUUAGUGAGAGCCAGCUGUGUGAUGUAACACCUGACUGCUGGGAUAAGACGGAUGAGCAUCCGCACCUUUGCCACAGAGAGCAAAUGGCAGUGCCACAGCCCUUGGAUACUGUUAUCACAUUGAGAUGCCUGGACAAUCAGAGUCGAUACUCUCAAACGGAUGAGUGUCUGGACAAGAAGUAUUUCUGCGACGGCGUCAGGGACUGCCAGGAUGACAGCGAUGAAACCAAUGGGAACUGCAUUGCUUCUAAAUGCCCCAAUGACACAUUUAGUUGCGCAUAUGGUGGCUGUCUGGCCAAGGCAAAGGCCUGUGAUCAUAAGAUCGAUUGCUGGGACGGCACCGAUGAAGUGCCAUCCAUAUGCUUUGAAAUGCGUGGAAAGUCACAGAGCGGAAUUUGGCCUAGUUAUGCACCGAGAAGGAAUGUCACAAACCGAACCAGAUCGACAGUGCUAGUUUAUCCACAAGUCACACCUCCCUCCAAUGCCCCUGAAUCUACGUCCGGGAAUGCAAGCUGCAUCAUUCCCAGCAGCCUCAAGAACCUGCGAGUGAAAACACUUUUCAAUGUACUGCCCCAUACGUCUGGCUCAUCGAUAUCCGACUCGGUUGUGGUACGAUUGAGCUGCCAUGGAAAUAGCUAGCUGAAUGGCAACGAUCUAAACCACUGUC